AUGGCUCUAAGAGCAGCACCAAGGUUUUCGGCUCAGCUUCAUCGUCUGACGUCUCGACUAUCAACAAUCAGGAGUAUCGACACUUCACCAAACCAUUUCCAGCCAAGAGAAAAGCGCUCCAAGUCGACUACGACAAAUGGAAGCCUCGUUGCUAAAGACAGUCUGCCAUUCGAAAGCAGAAUUAUCAACGAACCAUCAAAUCCUGUCGAAUAUGCACUGACCACGAUCGACAAGGUUGUUAACUGGGCACGCCAAGGUUCUUUUUGGCCUCUGUCUUUUGGCCUCGCCUGCUGCAGUAUCGAGAUGAUGCACGUCUCGAUGCCCCGAUACGAUCAGGACCGUCUCGGAAUUAUUUUCCGAGCAUCCCCUCGACAGGCCGACGUGAUGAUUGUGGCGGGAACAGUGACAAACAAAAUGGCACCCGCCCUUCGUCAGGUUUAUGACCAGAUGCCCGACCCGAAGUGGGUGAUCAGCAUGGGCAGUUGCGCCAACGGAGGUGGCUACUACCACUAUAGCUAUUCGGUGGUGAGGGGCGUGGAUCGUAUCGUUCCCGUCGAUAUCUAUGUGCCCGGCUGCCCUCCAACAGCCGAAGCCCUGCUGCACGCCGUGUUUCUGCUUCAGGCCAAGCAAAGGCGAACCAAAAUUACGAGAAUGUGGUAUCGAAAGUAG